UGCUCCCAAACCUCAAAUCUGCUGCUCUCUUCUCUUCCAUGAUGGAAACAGUUUUUGUCUUCUCUCUGUUCAGGCAAACAGUCGCUAAUGAAGCUUCCAUGAAAACUCAAUUCCCUUUCGAGUGAAAGCUUGCGAAAAUCAAAGGAGAAAAGAAAAACUAAACUGAGAUUUCAAUCCUUCGUUUUUCAAGUCCUAUAUUCAAAUGGAUUCAUUGAAUUUCUACAACAUCAAAGUUGAGAAGGCGAACGCGAUGCGAAGGCAUCACCAGCUUCAAAAGAUCGCAAACCUGUGCCGGAUAAUCAAGAACGUGACAGUCAACUUGACGAGCCCUCGCUUCGUGUUUUUUGUCGGAAACGUUAUAGUCAUCACUCUUUUUGCCAAGUCCGGCCAGUUUUCGACUCGAGAUUCUACCACAAAGACUUCUGAAUUUGAUCUUUACGAGGAGUUCAUCGAGAAAAGUGAAAAAAUUCAGAGAGUUCACUCAGAUGACACCCGACGCCUUGAAGAGCAUAGCACAUACGAUAGUAAAGUUAAGGAUUACCGGAGAGUUCAGAGUUACUUGCAGAGCUCAAACAGAGGCUUUGGUGAGAAAUCACUCCCUGUACCACAUCGUAUAGAGACAGAAAAACUCAGGAAGAGUUCUUACUCUUGUGACAGAUCGACAAAGAGCUCAAAUACUGAAGAUGAAAGUAGUCACGAGGAAUUCCAGCGCAGGGUGGAGGCUUUCAUUGCCCGGCAGCAAAGGCUUCGAAGGGAAGAACUGUACUCUGUUGUACUUUAAAAUUACUAAAAAGAUGUA